AUUUACCCUCUCUCCACCACUUCAUCAUACGCUCCUCUAAAUGCUUUUUCAAACAUUGUCUUUUUCACAGAUCUAGACCAAUCAAAUUCACACACAAAUACAGAAUAAAGAAUCUUUCACUGUGUUUUCCUUUUCAUUUCUUGAUUAUUGGCUAGCCAGCCAUUCACAGCUUAAUUUAAAACAAAAAUGACUGGUGUAUAUACUGAAAAAGAAAAGGAUUUUCCUUUAUUUCACAUACUAAUCAGAGUUUAAAACAGUGCUCAAUCAUUGAAAACAAAAGGAAAUAUAAUAAUCUUGGUUUUCUAAAUUUUCUUGGGUUCUUGAAAAAUUUAGCUCGCCUUUUGACUUUUUUUUUUUUUGUUUUCUUGGUACCCUUAUUUCCUGGAUUUUCUUGAGAAAAAUUGGUCCAUCAAGUUAAAGCUGGAGUCUUUUUUACUCUACUGAUUUUGGGUUUUGUUGUUUUUUUCUGUUUUUCUUUCAUGUUUUUUUCACCCCAGGAAUAUUGGGUUUUGCUGUUUUUUUUCUUGUUUUUCUUCACCCUAUGAUCUUGGGUUUUGCUGGUAGUUCAAGUUUUAUAUUUUUUAGGGUACUGUUGAUUGCAUGUGAAGUAGCUUCAUUUACACUUUUUCUGCUCUACUGUCAAUUUUAAAGCUUCUUUAAAUGGUUAAAGUUUUGUAUUUUUCAGUUUUAUAAUGCCAUAAGUAAAACAUAUUGUCACUUGUUUCUGGAUUUAACAGAAUAUAUAGCUUUUAUGUUCUGGUGGGGUGUUUUCUAAGCAAAGUUCCAAGGAGUGUACUUGUUGUAAGAAUAUUUUGUUUCUGUAAAAGGGUUCUGUUUUUUUUCCUUGAGUUUGAUUAGUAAGAGAUGCUGGUUUCUAAUGAAAAUGAAGAGCAGAUCUCAUUUCCUUCAGAAAAUGCAAAAAAGUUUAUGAAUUCAUCCCCAAUGGUGUUAUCAAAUCUGGAUUACCUUCAAGUUCAGGAAUCUAAAUUCCUGGAUUUCAAGGCUCAGCCAACUUUUUACCCUGAUGUCAAGGUUGUUCUUGAUCCUGAACAUGAACAGAAUGAGCUUCAGGAGGUCAUAUCAAAUCUAGAAGGUGAAAUUGCACAGUUGAGACAAAAUGAGAGAUCAUUGACCAAGAAACGUAAAGAAGCAUUGAACAAGAUAUUAGAUAUUAAAGGUUGCAUAAGAGUAUUUUGUCGAGUUAGACCAUUCUUACUGACAGAAUGGAGAAGAAUGAAUGAACCAGUGUCAAUUGUUUCAGAGAAAGUUGUGAUUAAAUCUGUAGGAAUUAGGAAAGAAUUCAGAUUUGAUAAAGUUUUCCAUCAACCAUCCACUCAAGUUAUAGUAAGUAUUUUUCUGGUUGAAAACUACGCAGAGGAAAUUUUUAUUGAUGUUGAGCCAAUCCUUAGAUCUGCACUUGAUGGUUACAAUGUAUGUAUAUUUGCUUAUGGUCAAACUGGCACCGGAAAAACACAUACAAUGGAUGGCACAAAUGAUCAGCCUGGAAUCAUUCCGAGGGCUCUUGAAGAGCUUUAUCGUCAAGCUUCUUUCGACAAGUCGUAUUCUAUAACAUUUUCUAUGAGCAUGGUGGAGGUUUACAUGGGAAAUCUGAGAGACCUGCUAGCUCCAAAAGUUGCUUGUAAAUCUUAUGAGGCUGCAACGAAAUGCAAUCUAAACAUCCAAACAGAUCCAAAGGGAAUGGUGGAAAUCGAGGGUUUAACGGAGGUCGAAAUUCCAGAUUUAGCAAAAGCAAAAUGGUGGUACAACAAAGGUAGACGAGCUAGAUCAACUUCAUGGACUAAUGUAAACGAGACAUCAAGCAGAUCACACUGCUUACUGAGGAUCAACAUUUAUCGACAUGGAGAUGAUUUGAAAGCUAAAGCAGAAGCAAGCAAACUUUGGAUGGUGGAUCUUGGUGGCAGUGAACGGUUAUUAAAGACGGGGGCUACAGGACAGACACUUGAUGAAGGGCGGGCGAUAAAUCUUUCCCUUUCCGCCUUAGGAGAUGUUAUUGCUGCUCUCAGGAGGAAGAAAGGCCAUGUGCCUUAUAGAAAUAGUAAGCUAACUCAACUCCUGAAAGACUCCUUAGGUUACAGUUCGAAGGUUGUAAUGCUUGUGCAUGUAAGCCCUUGCGAGGAAGAUUUGGGAGAGACAAUAUGUUCUUUAACCUUUGCAAAUAGAGCAAGAGCAAUAGAAACCAGUGGAGAAUUACCAGAGCACAUAAUCAAGCAAAGGCAAAAAAGGGUCUCGGAGCUUGAAGAAGACAUGAGAGUAGCUGAAGAAGAGUGUCAGAAGAUCAGAAAUCAAUUACUGAAGGCAGAGUUCUUAUUAAGCGAAAACAAGAAACUUCUAGUAACCGACUGUCGAUUUCCUGAAGACAAGGACGAAACACCUAGAAGUAUUUCAGAAGAUCCUACUGAAGUACUAAUUGAAACUCCUCCUAUUAUUGAAGUUAAAAGUAAGAGAAGCUUGAUUACUUCUCUCCCAAGAUUCAUGACUUCAACUGCAGCUAGUCGCGAAAGGCAAAGUGCUGUCGAGAAGGAGAUUGUCAGGAAAGCAAGAAGUUUGAGAUCAGGGAUGCGAAGUAGUUCAGUCCAAUUCUCAGCUUCUCAGUCCCUUAGUUAUUCAGAAAUUCGUCUCAAAACAUAUGCGAGGAAUUCAAACAAAAAGUCACGCUAUGGUGAGCCAAAAACCAUCUUCACAGAAUCUCCGAAACGCAAUGACUCAGAUUCCAAGACUGUCUCGUUACUCCGGAGCAAGGUAGUUACCUCGUCAGAUCCUAACUUGAGAUCUACGCUUUCUCGCCAUAGAAGAAGAAUGUCUGAUCUAAUUUAAGUGCAAAGAUAAAUUUUAAUUUUGGUCUUUUUUUUGGUUGACUAAUGUGUGUAGAUUUGUGUGAGGUUUUGUUUUAACUGUUCUUGAGUGAUUGGCCUUGACUUAUCUGCCAUUGUUAUUGGUGGCUUAGUGUUGGUUUGCUUAGGUUUGGCGGGAUCUGCUGAAUUUUUAAUGUGCAAGAUCCCUGUUAUCACAUGGUUUGUAUUGUUUAGGUUUGAUGGGAGUUGUUAAUGACUUAUUAAUGUGAUACACUGAUUUCAAUGAUAA